AUGAACAAUCGACACGAUAAAGCCAUAUCAGGUAUGAAGAAUCAGUUAAGAGUAUUUCUUAUAUUUGGCAUAUUUUACAUAUUCCAAGGAUGUGAUUAUUUCGAUACCGUUGACCUUACAAACAGCAUUAAAUUUAAAAAUAGAUCAUAUCAGUACAAAUAUGUAUUGAUACCAAAAAGAAAAAUUAAUGGCGAUUACGAAACGGUGCCCAAGCAUAUAAGGGGUUGUGUAUGUCAUUUAAAAACGUGCAUACGAUUUUGCUACCUCACGUGGACUUUGUACGAAAAUGGCACUCUUCUCAGACAUUUUGACAGCGCACUACUUCCAAAGCAGGAUUAUUGUUUACAACCUCGAAAAUUUCAAGAUCUCUACAAGCUUGUGCCGCAUCAUUGCCUUAAACCUCCAGACCAUACUAACGCUUACAUGCAAUCGGUAUCGAUAUUCUUCUUACUUAUUUAUUUUAAAGGAGAUUAUUUUAAAUGCUCUAUAUGCUACUUCAGUUGUUUGACCCUAAGUUUUAUACUUAUUGUUAUUGUACGUUUUCAAUGGAUCGAGCCACAUCAAAAAGUAUUGUGCCAGUUAACAGGAUAUAUUGGUUACUAUUUUACAAUAUCCACAUUUCUUUGGCUUUUAAAUAUAAACUACGAUUUAUGGAAAGCAUUUAACACUAUUGUCAUUACUCGCAGGACAAGAUAUUUGAAUUACAAUAUAUUUGUUUGGGGCCUUUACAACUUUUAUUAA